GUAUUUAUUUGUGUAUGUAUGUGUGUGUAAAGUUGUGAGCAGGGGAGCUUGGGUGAAAUGAAGAAUGAGGCUGUGGCACUGGGUGGCACUGCCAACCCUCUGCUGGCAGGCCUAGAGCACUACAUGGAGGCCAGUCCACCAGUAGUGGGCCUCAUGAAGAGCUGUGAUGGUGACCAAGUUUCUGCUGAGACAGCAUCACUGGCCCAAGCCCACUUGUCUAGCGAAUCCCAGCAACAUGUUCCAGCCCUCAAUCCUUUGGCUGCCCAGAUGGAUUAUGAACUCCAGGAAGCUUUAAGGGAAUGUGAAGACGAAAUGGCUGCUCUUGGCAUAUCUUCCCAUUCAGACACAUGGACUGCAGGUGAUCUGGACAGGUUUUUCUCUGUAAGUGAUGAGAAAAAUCAAACUGAGAAAGCUGAAGUCAAAAAGGAUUUUGGUUCAUCUUCACAUAAACCUGCUGAAUUUCAUGAAGGUUGCCAUGGAAAUGAUGGAGCGCACACAAAUAACUCAUCAGCGGGUGAAGAGGGGGUGUUUAGCUUCAGAGAUUAUGUUCUAGAAAGAAAGCAAAGUAAUACAUGUGCAGCUGGAGCUGAGGUUGUCAAAAACAUUGAGGAUAUAACAGAAAACCACAGUGAAGAAGCAAGCCAGCUGUCAGAGGCAGAACAGCAAACAAAGUCAGGGAUAGAGACAAAAAUAGACACAGCUGAGAACAUAGCUGGUCAACAAAACACACAUACCAUAUGGACAGGUACACAAACAACAUCCGAAAUUGAUGCGGAAAAGGAAACACUUACCCAGGAUCAAUCAAUACAAGAUAUUUGCUCUUUGAAAAACACCCUGGAGGGUGAGAGUUCACAAGAUGAAGACAGAAUAAACAUUAUAGCACAGACAACCCAGAGAGAAACAGGAAUAAUUCAAGAGACAAAUCAGUCUUCAAACUUCAGACAAGUCAGAAGUUCUGAAAAAGCUACACAGAUGAUUCAGAACUCAGAUGAAAUAAAAAUAGAGACACAUACUCAGUUAAUUAGUGAUUUACUGGCGUGCCCAUCCACAUAUACGGAUAAACAUUCUGGUCACACAGUGCAUUUAGAAGCUAAAAUAAGCAUACAACCAAACAUACAGAAACAGGUGGAGUCAGGGACACAUCAGCGAAUAAAUGGAAAGAUAGAAACAAACACAAAAGUAGGAUCAAGCCUUGACGAUCAAAGACAGGAAUUAGGACUCCCAGAACAGCUGAGUCCUGAGGGUAAACAAUUGAUCUGCUCCCCACCUCCAGAACCCAAAGCUCAUCUUUCCCUGGCUGAGGCUCCACCUGCCCUGUUACUGGACUCUCCACAGGGGCCUGAGCAAAAUGAUAACCAGGAUCAGACAGAUGGACCCUGCAAAUCAAUAUCAGAAGGUGAAACCAUACACCACAACCACUGUACAACAGGGGAAGUCAAAGAUGAGAAAAAUGUGUCUGCUGUUGUGAUUGAUUUCUGCCAAGCUACAACAGCCCCUGAACAUGAGCCCAUAGGGAGAUGUGACUUAGAGACAUAUCUACUGGAGCAGGAGAAUGGACCUCUUUUAGGCGGUGGAGCUGGCGCACAUGCCCCACUGUGGGGGAAUUCACACACUUUGAGCCGAGCCGGUGCAGAAGAGAAGGAGGAAGAAGAGAGUGCCCUUGAACGGGCGUCAGCAGAGUCCACUGCCUCCACAUUGCCACAAACAACACCCACGAUGCCAGAAAUGAUAGAAAGCGAGGGAGAGAAGAAGAGCGGUGAUGCGUUCCAAAGUGCCGCAAUAAUAUUACAAGCAGCAGUGAGAGAAUCGGCAGUGCUGGAAGUGGAUGAGUCUCCAAGCUCAGAGGAAACAUUAAGUGAAUUUAUAGCUGAAAAGGGACAAGAAUGCACCUCAGUAAUUUUUCCAGACAUUAAGUGCUCACCUGUUCAGAAAGAGGAGGCGACUGAGGAGAGCUAUAGCAACUCGACGGAGAGUGAGGGUAAGGGUGGGGGUCUGCCGAUCGCACUCUCCCCAGCCGGAGACAAGGAUACAGGCACGGUCGGCACAAAGGACAAAGCUCUGGUCACCUAUUCCUCUCCAUGUGUCCUUGGAACAUGUGACUGGAAGGUGGAGAGAUCCCGAUCAAAGGAGAGAAAAGAAGAAAGCGAAGAGGAGGGGAAAAAGGCAAGCGAAGGCGGAGCACAGAACACAGCACAUGCCGGCAGGGUGUCCAAGACAGAGGCAGCGACCGAGACGUGUCCAUCCCAUCGCAUCACAGCAUCACCAACGGCAACACAAGACCAGAGUGACCUCAUCCAUCCUGUCACAGCAGGCACAGCCCCAUUUCCUCUGACCAUCAACAGAAUAAACGACUGCGACUCCAUCAGCCCACCCCCUCCUCUUUCCCACAUAAACUCUACAAAGGCAGAAGCGCAGAGGGAGGAAGAAGCUAAUCUGAAUCCGAGCCCAAUUGCAUCAGGAGCAGACCUGCCAGGCAGUGAUAGAUCACUCCCACCAGCAUUUUCUUUAGAAAACGAAUGUCUCUUUGCGCAAGCCAACGAUCAACAGGUACAGAGCUCUUCACAGACUAGAACCGCAAGCUGUGACACAUCCGUCAAGACAGAGACACAGCAACAAAAACAAGAAAUAACUCCUACAAGUGAAGACACAUCUCAAUCUACUAAACUACAAGUAAACAUGAGGGAUAUCGCCGCAAGUUGUACCAAAGUGGAAGGGUCUCCAAAAGGUAUGCAGAGCUCUUUUGAGAACCAAAAGGAUACAACACUGAAAUGCCAAAUGACUGAAUGUGCCUCUUUGCCCCCAUUGAUGGUAUUUGAAAGUCUACAUCAUCCAGUAAAAGAGGCUAGCUUCAACUUUAAAGGUUUUCUCAGCAUCAGCAAACCAGCACUUCCUCCUCAGACAGAACCGAUCACUGGCCAGAGAAAUACUGACCUGCAUGGAGCUGAAAGGGAACAUACUGCCUCUGAAGAUGAAGGUAAAGAUGAAAAAAAUGGAAAGCAGAGAGAAAAAGUGGAAAUGACAUUUAAAGAGCCAAAGGACUGCAGAGAAAUGACCAGUACAUCUCAAACACAGGGUGAUACUACUGUAAAACUUGGAGAAAAUAUUUAUGUAAAUAUGAGUAGAUGUGAAGACGAUGGAAAAGUGACAGAUGAAACUCCUGAUGUCAGCAAGGGAAAUCCUGUUUCAUCACUGUCAGCUGCAGGUGAGAUCACCUGUGUUAAUGAAUCUAAGGAUGUGGUUAAUGAAACUCUAGAAGCAACUGAAUUAGGUAAAGAGAAGCAAGAAAAUAAAGAAUGCUUGAAUGUUACUCAGAUCACUCCAAAUAAUACAGAUGAGUCAGCAUCCACUGAGAAGAACAGUGUUUUACUACCGGAUGUAUCUCCACAAGAGGGUCGUAACAGCAGCCCUGCUGUGGAUGGUGAGCGGGCUGAUAUGACUGAGUCUGAAGGAUUUGAACAAAGACAUACAGAAAUUCUACUUACCAUCAAGGAAAAGCUGGAUGAAUCAAAGGGAUGUGGGUUGCCUGAAGCAAGUGAUAUAGAACUAACAUGUCCAGGUAAUUCAGAGAAUCUUGUGAAUGAUAAUCGAGAGCAUGAGUCAAACCCAGAAAAAUACACAUGUGAAGUUGAGUCAAAGGUAAAAACCAGCUUCAUGUCUCCAGCAGCUGCCCCAGACAUAGACAGCAUGUGCCCUUGCACUCAACCAGACAAGAAAUCCAACACCGAGCAGCCUACUACAAUCUCAGAGAUGCAAUUUCUGUCAAAAGCAGAUAAGUGUGACGACAUGCUGCCCUAUCAGACUGAAUCACAGUUCAGUAAUGAAAUGAUGAAAAGUGAUGCAGCAGAUGCUGGGGACAAAACUGUCCCUUCUCUUCCUGCAGUGGAGACUACAGUACCAGCACAAAGGGAUCUUUCCUCAACUACCACACAAAGCACUUACAGUGAUGCCAGGGAUGUGUCUGUCAUUGUACUAAAGGCUCCAGGCCCAAUGCUGAGUCACUGUGAGUCCGUUAAUGACUGUGAUAUUUCUGUAGCAGGACCCUUGGAGGAUUGCAGUGUGAACUGUGUGUAUGAUUCUGACACAGAGAUUGUUAAGAAUAUUACAGACAAAUUUAAUCAACAACUGGAUGUGAAUGAAGAGAGGUUAAGAUCUCAAAAUGCAGAUGAUCUGCUUUACUCUGUUGGUGUCUCCACACAGGAAAUUGCAGCAUCAUCUGGGAACCAUUUGCUUACAACUGACAGACCAGAACAGGCAGGUGAUUCACCGCUAGUGUUAAAGAACCCAGAUAUUGUUGGAAAUGCAAAGAUGAAACAGAAUGACGGAUCUAAGGGUGUUGGAGCAUUGGAGGUUGUUAGAAAAGAGAAGAGUGAAGGACAUUUAAAUUCUGUAUAUGAAAAUGAUUUAUGCAAUGCACCGACAAAUGCUACUACAGAAAAUGAGGUAAUUAAUAACGACACGUCUAAAGAAUUCAAGCACAUAAAAAGGGGAGAGGACAACAAGGAGUGUGUAAAGGAAACCGAAGAAAAAUUCAAUGCAGAAAAUGAAACCAGUUCCUCUCAGGAAGAAGGGAUUGAACAAAAAAAUGAAAAGCAGGGUGAAAGGAAGAAACAAGAAGUAAUGCCUAUUAAGGAGCAGAAGCAUAAUAAAGAAGAGACAAAUUUAUCUGAAACAUCCUGUGCUAAUGAAACACUUAAUUCUCAAUCUGCUUUGACAAUGCAACAAAGUCCUAAUGAUGAAAUCAAAUGUGAUUCACUCCUGAUGCACUUGGAGGACAAUCUCGCUACACUUCUGACUGAGGAACCUGUUCAACAUGUGUCUGACAAUGUAAAAAUGAAUAAAAGUGUAUCCAAAAGAUUCAGUCAGGUGAUGGGAGGAGAGCAAAACAGGGAGAUUGUGCAAGAAAAUGAGGUACAAAAUGUAAAAUCCAUUGCAGAAAAGGACAGCAAAAAAAGUGCAAAUACAUCUCAAGAACAGAAUGAGACUGCUGCAAAAGAAAAUGCUGAUCAAACACAAGGAGAAAAUCAGACAUUAAUAAAUCUCUCCAAUCUAUCAGGAGAAAAAAAACUAUUAGAUGAAACCAUUCCAAGAGGAAAAUUGCAGUCUAGCCCUAUGCCUGAUCCUGGUUUAACUUUUGAAGGGAUUAUAAAAGAGGCUCUGAGUUGUGGAGGGGCUGAAAAAUCUCCUCCAGUCGUUGAUCACACCCUGUCUGCAGUGGUGAAUGCUUCUCCCGAGAGAAGCCACACACAAUAUCCAAGGGGUUUGAGCCAGUCAGAUUUGGCAUUUUCACAAUCCGGAGAGCUCCGUCUGCAACAGAACUCCAUGAGUGCCCCAGAAGCAAUGUUAAGUGUGAGUAAAAGCAACAUUUUAAAAAAUGCUGAGACCAAUAAUCAUGCAAAUGCUGAGGCAAGUGAAAAGCAAGAGAAGGUGGUUAUGUAUUGUAGUGCAGAGGCUCCAAGAUCCCUAAACAGCACAUCAGAGAGUGCCGCACUGGUGGGGGGCUAUAACAAAGAUGUUGCUGUGUUCAAUAUAUGUCCAGAGAAUGAAAAGAAGACAAUACAAACAAUAGAUCUUAAUGGUGGGAGAUUUCCUGUUUGUGGUGAAAGCACUUCAAAUGAAAUCCAAACUCAGUCAGCUCCCAACUUGUCUGUAACAGCAUCAUCAGCUUCUGAAACUUCUAAAGUCAAACGGGUUAUAGAGGCUACUGAGGCAAAAGAGCCUGCCAUCUCAGCAUCACAGGAACGUGUGAGUAAACAUGCAGAUUGUACCAAAUCACAGGUCAGCGUGGAUGAACAUGGCAAUGUGUGGAACGAAAUCCCUGACACCAAGAAAGGCUCAGAAUUUCCUGUAAAUCACUCAAGUGGGUUCUCUGUGAUUCCCACCCUCUCACACCAUGAAGCAGGACUAAAAACAGAAGAGAAUUGUUUCGACUCCGUUACCCCUGUAGACACUGGAAACACUGAGAUCAGUUCUGAUUCAAUGAGUGAUGUUGCACAGAUGUCUACAGCAGGAACUUCCCAAAUUCAGCAAGAGAAAGAAUUAGUUUUUCAGUCCUCUGAUUGCCAGCUCUCCACCACCACAUCUUCUGCUUCUUUGCUCCAAAAAUGUAUUAAAGAGGAAAAACAGAUAAGUGUGGAUCAGGCCCCUAAAGAUGCACUAGAACCUAACACUCCUAAUUCCACUCCCCAGUCUGAGACAGCUGCCUGGAGGAUGGAGCAGCAGUUACAACAUGUAAGAACUUGUUUGGACACUGAAAACACAAUCAGUUCUAUGAAAGAAGAAGACACCAUUUCAAAUGACGUACAACAGCGAGAAGGAAUUCAAGAAGAGAUAAGUAAACAGAUGGCGGAUGAAGAAAAGAACAAGGCCAUUAAAAAUGAUCACAUAGAAUUGUCCAAAGGGGCUGAACCCAAGUCUUCACAGUCUAUAAUAGAAGAAAGCAUCUCCAAAGAAAACCAAAGCAAGUUGGAGGAGCAGUCUUUAUUUUCCCCUGUUGAAGCAAUAGUCGAUAAUGUAGACCAGCAAAUUGAAGAAGUUUCUAAUGGAUCACUGACAGAAAUGAAAGAGGCUGUGUCAUUGUUAUACCCUGAGACCUCUAUCUGCUUGGUGACUGACCCCCAGGAUUCCCUCCAGUCCCCUCCUGCAGUCAAUCAACAGUGUAGUCAGCAGCCCACUAAGUCUUUUAUCCAAAACUUACGUGAAAAUGCCACAAAGAAAGUUGAAAGUAGCAGUGAGCAAAGUCCAAACAUAGCAGAUUACUCUCCUGGAGACAUAGAAUCCCUUCUUAUCAAAAAAACAAAAGAGAAAGAUGACAGGGAAGCUAUUGAAGAUGAAGUCAGCAAGGUGUCAACAGCUGCAGAUGUGUUGCUGGGUUCAGGAACAGAACAGAUAUCACAGGUUAUCGACAGUUCAGAUAGCCAAAUCCUAAGUGCAGUCUUUGUACCUGAGAGGUCAGAUGCAGUCAACUCCUCUGAAGGUUCUGAUUGGCUCAGAGCUCUGAAGGAGGCAGCCUCCAUGUCUCAGAUCAUUCCAGAGCACAGAGAUGAGUCUACCUGUGGAUCUACAGAAAACAGACCAUUUGAGACCCUCCGUUCUCCUCAGACUGAUCUAGAAUUCCGAACUCCAACUGAAGAAUAUUUCCCCCCUGCUCCUGAAGAGAGUUUCCCCCCGGCACCCGAGGAGAGUUUUCCUCCUGCUCCUGAAGAGAGUUUUCCUCCAGCACUUGAGGGGAGUUUCCCUCCUGCUCCUGAGGAGAGUUUCCCUCCUGCACCUGAGGAGAGUUUUCCUCCUGCUCUUGAGGAGAGUUUUCCUCCUGCUCCUGAGGAGAGUUUCCCCCCUGCACCUGAGGAGAGUUUUCCUCCUGCUCCUGAGGAGAGUUUCCCCCCUGCACCUGAGGAGAGUUUUCCUCCUGCUCCUGAGGAGAGUUUCCCCCCUGCACCUGAGGAGAGUUUUCCUCCUGCUCCUGAGGAGAGUUUCCCCCCUGCACCUGAGGAGAGUUUUACCCCUAUUACUAAGCAGCCAGAAGAACCACCAGACUGCAGGAGUUCAGACUCAGAUGGAGCGUUCGAAACCCCUGAGUCCACCACCCCUGUGAAGUCUGCUUCCCCACCAGUGCCCCCAACAGAGCCCCCCUGCACCAACUCAGAGGCAUUGUCCCAAGAACACACAGCUUCCACUGCUGACAUCUCUGCCAGCGAAGCUCAAGACCCAAAUCAGCUUCAGUCUCCCAGUCGCUCUCAAUCUACAGUCUUUGAUGAGGACAAACCAAUAGCUGCUAGUGGCACCUACAACCUAGAAUACGUAAUUGCUGAUGCCCCCGGACCAUCAAGUCGAGCGCCUCUCACCCGCUCUCUAAGCCUACAGUCUGGUGAGUUAGAGAGCCCAGGAGACAAAUCCUCGGGAGGAACCUCUGACAAACCCAUUCACCCACGAGCAGAGUCUUUCAGCAUAGGAACAGAAAGUGCUCCGGAAACUCUUCGUAAAGUGAAGAAGCCACGUCCAGGUUCCCUAAAGAAGAAACCUCUUUCCCGGCAGAACUCAAACCCAGACCAUACCUCUCCCAAAACAGUCUCCUCUAAUAGCACACCAGAGGAGAAAAAGAGAGGUAAACCACAGCCUGAAAGCCCCUUGCAAAAUCAAGAGAGGCCUAGCUCCUCUCCAAGCCCUAGUCCUGCUGGUACCCUACGGAGGAAUAGGAUAAAGUCUCAAGUUGAAAGUCCUCCACCUUUGGUUGAGGAGGUCACUGCCAGCUCAAUAUCAACUCAACUCCAAGUGGUUCUUCCUGAUACAGUACCCGAGGCUCCAACUGUCCCCGACGAGGAGUCUCCUUUCCCUCCCAGUGCCUCCUACAAAUGGGAUCCGGACAACUUUGAGAAUAUUGACCCAUUCCGUACAGGAGGGAGUAAAGUUGCCAACUCGCCGGUCUUGGGCAGGAAAGCCGACUUUACAUCGGUUUCAGACACUCCUGUUGCUGUAGAGGAGCCUCGUGCCUCUUCUCCUGCUAAAGAGCAACCCAUCAACAUUGAGGAACAGCCAAUCACCAAGCGCCAACCAGUCAGACUGGAGUUUGACUAUUCAGAGGACAGUGGAGAGGCGCCACGCAAUACUCCUCCUCCUAAAAACCUAGGCAAGAAACCAGGGGCCAAGAUGCCUAUCCGAAAGCCCAAACUGGGGAUUAAGAAGGCCCCUCCACCACAGACAGAGCAGCUAGAUAAUGCACCUGUCCCUGCACUUUCAAAUGACAUUGAUGAUAUCCCGAUCCCCAAGGGGUUAUAUAACUUUGAUCCCAACAAGUGGGAUGACCCUAACUUUAAUCCAUUUUCUUCAAAGACUGGUGUCCCCAACUCUCCUCGCCUGUCUAGAGGAUCUUACAACUUUGAUCAUGGCUCUUUUGAUGGCUCAAUCGAUCCCUUCAACUCAUCCAAUAAGAUGGGAAACUCGCCUCCGAAAGCUGCAACUUUUGACAGAUCCAACGACACCGAGAAUGACAAUGAUGACAUUGUUGAGUUGGAGGAUCACAACCAGAACAAACCUGCCAAAAACAAGAAGAAGCCUCUCAAAACUAACACUUUUAGAGUGAAGAAAUCACCAAAGAGGACUCAGAUUACUGAGCCAUCUGCUCAAUGUUGUCCUGUGUGCUCUCCACUCUCGCCCUCCACUUCACACACACAUAAUCACCUGCAGGAGCACUCGCCUGAUGCCAAUCCCGAGCCUUCACAAGAUCACGCCACAGAUGAGGAGAAACUGGCUUCCUCCACCAAUCAGAUAUGGACUAGAUAUGACGUAGAGGUGGAGCUGACCUCUGACCCCCAAGAUCUCCCACAGCCGACUGACUUUACAGCUUUUGUCAAUGAGAACAGUUUACCAGCACAGAGUGAUGUUACAGACUAUGAGAUUGAAUACAUGGAAAAGAUUGGCUCCUCCGCACCUCCUCUCUCGGUGAAGAAACCAUCACUUUAUCUAAAGCUGGACUCUGUGACAGACAGUCCAACAAAGACUUCCAACAUGCAAGAUUCAGAGCCCAACUCUCCCUGCACUGGGAGCUUUGAGGAGAUGGAGGCUCAGAUCUCGCAGGGGAAAUCACCUGUGCUGCCACCACGAGGUGCUCGUGACUCCUUGGCCUCAGAAAAAAGCAGAAAGAGAGACAGCCAGUCUCAGAGUCGAACGCAGAGCAAUGAGAGAGAUGGAGCGUCCCCCAUCCAGGGCCCCAUGGAUCCCUCAGAUCUACCCCUCUUAGACAGACUGUCUGAUUCACCUGCACCUCUCAGCUACCUGGAGCCUGAUCUGGCAGAGACCAACCCCACUGCCUUCGCUCAAAAACUGCAGCAGAGGGAAAUGGCCUCACCAGGGGACAGCGGGGUUUCAAAGAGCUCCCUCUAUUCACGAACAGGAUACAUUGAAGGGGAAAGCCCUCAUCUGCCACGUGACAUGGACCACUCUCUUGGCAUUGCCCGAGAAGAGAUUGUUGUGAAAGAGAAAGAAGCCAUGGAGUGGAAGAGAAAAUAUGAAGAGAGUAGACGGGAAGUGGAGGAGAUGAGGAGGAUAGUACAGGAGUAUGAGAAGACUAUUGCAGAGAUGAUUGGCAUGCCUGAGGGUGAACAGAGAGAGAAGACUCUGUCUCAUCACACUAUCCAGCAGUUGAUCCUGGAGAAGGACCAGGCUUUGGCUGAUCUCAACUCCGUGGAGAAAUCUCUCGCUGACUUGUUCCGUCGCUAUGAAAAGAUGAAAGAUGUUUUGGAAGGCUUUCGAAAGAAUGAGGAUGUGCUGAAGAAAUGUGCGCAGGAGUACCUGUCUCGUGUCCGUAAGGAGGAGCAGCGCUACCAGGCCUUGAAGAUCCAUGCUGAGGAGAAACUGGAUAAGGCGAAUGCUGAAAUCGCUCAGGUGAGAGUCAAAGCCAAGCAGGAGCAGGCAGCGUAUCAGGCCAGUCUGAGGAAAGAACAGAUGAAGGUGGACUCACUGGAGCGCACACUGGAACAAAAGAAUAAAGAGAUUGAAGAACUGACCAAAAUUUGUGAUGAACUGAUUGCCAAGAUGGGAAAGAGCUAGCCGUCCAUUCGACAGAGUUCUGUCUGUACCACAAAGGGACAAAAGAACAAUAACUGGACAAGAGUGUAAAGAUGGAGGAGCAAGGUGAAAUUGUUUCGGUAUUGUUUUUUCCUCUUUCUAAUGGACAGAACAAUGAACUAACCAAACAAAAGGAUCUCACACUACUGACGUCGUCACAUAAAACUGGAGUCCCUAGGACUGGGAGAACACUAGUUUCUGGCUGUAAUUAUUUUCUCUUCAUUUUAAUAUGUUAAUGUACACCACCUUACCAAUGUUGAGGGUCUUGUGAAAGUACUCCCCAUCAGUAGAGACUUUUUUAAAAAGUCUGUAUAGUGUACACACACACACACACACGCGCGUGCAGAGAGUAUGUGUUUAUAGUGAGUCUGAGGUUAUGAGUGCUGUUGCCAUGACAACCACUGAUCGAGCCGACUGUUAAACUGAUUCCUGUGGUUCCCUCUUCUUAAGUUGAAAACAGAAAUGACCAGAGAGAAUAUAUAUAAUAUAAAACAGAUGAAUUAAUCAUUCAGUUGUCACAAAGUGGUAUUCAUGAUCAUAAAAAAAUGCAUGUUGUAGGCCUUGACGGUUUUGUAAAUAUGAAAAUGACUUGAAAAUAGUAAAGGAACAUAACUGCAGAUUUUGAUACUGUUAGUUUAUCUGCUUCCUUGUGUAUCUUUGUAGAUACUUGUUGUUCAUUUGUUUCGUUGUCUUUUAGCAACACUGAUGUGUGAUUUUAUUUUUGGAUUUAUUUUGAUAUAUGAAUGAACCCACGUGUCACUGUCAGUGGUUCUGAGCUAAUUUAAUCUGAAUGGUUUUGUCUCAGUCCUGCUAUAGCUGAUGUUUCAGACAAAUGAAGCUCUGUCAGCUAUACAGGACAUGCUUACAAAGUGCAAUAAAAGAUGGCAAUACA